AAGAGGAGAUCCCACAGUAGUACACAGGAGAACAGACAUUGUAAACCACAUCACCAGUUUAAAGAAUCUGAUUGAUGUUCCAUUGGGACUGUUUACCAGAUUGCUUUCUAAAUUAGCCAGCUGGGGUUACUUUAAAAAACAGUAUGUAAUUUUUUUCCUUCUCCAUCCUAAAACAGACUUGUUCUGCAGAACAGUGAGCUUGUUGGUGGUCAGCACAGACUAAUCAUUCUUCAUCACACACUGUUACAGGGAGGGUUUAUGACAGGAUUUCAAUGACCUGAGCUAAUUAAUGUCCUAUAGAAAAACAUCUGUACCCUAUUAUUAAUAAAUACAAAAUACUUUGUAAAGCUUAACUCAUAGUACUAAUCCCUCAUGAGUUUAUUAUACGUUGUAUAUGUAGAAAGGAAGUGAUCUGUGUAAUAAAACAGUUCGUUCAUGUUCAUAAUUAAUUAUAUAAACAUGGUACUAAGUCCGGUUUAUCACCACCAGUGCCAAUAGCUUCUUUGACAAAUUUGCUUUAGAGAUGUUUGGUGGUAAUUGCUCUCUAUAAUCUGGAAUAUUCUAGUAUUUUUAAAGAUUAAAAACUUUAAAAGUGUUUUUCAUAAAAUUGAAAAAUGCAUAAAAGUAUAAAGACGGUAACUUUGAUAGGAUGCUAGUCCCCCAUUUGGAUGUAAAAUUAUUUCUGGUUAUUCUUAAAAAUGUGUUCAUAUACAAAUCUUUGCCCCUGAUUAUUUUCUGAAAAUAGAUUCUAAGAAGGGGCAUUUUCAAGUUAAAGGGUGUAAAUUCUUGUUACAUAUUAGCAUCUUUCUAGUAGUUUGUACCAAGUUACUCCUACAACAUGCCCUUUGCCCCUCACCAGUCUAGGCUAUUUUGAAAUGCCAAGGAUAGAGUUUUGUUUUAAUUUGAAUUUUUAAAUUUCUAGUGAAUUUGUCCACUGUCAUAUAUUUAUUGACUACUUAAACAUUAUUUUUGUAUUCUUAGCCUGUUUUUGCUAUUAAAGUGUAUUCUUACUGAUUUGUGAGAGCUUUUAUUGUACAUCAGUUAUUUUACCUUUUUUGUUUGUUGCAAAGGGGCUUUCUGAUUUGUCUUGGCAGUAGCCUGUGAAUUGGUAUUCCCCUCCUACAGGCUUAAUCAGUUCGCAUAGUAUAUUAGGAAGACUGAUACGGCUGUAUACAUCUUUAUGUAUUGUAAAAAUCCGUAAAUAUCUUCCUAUAACAUAGACUAUCAGUGUGAAUAGAAUCACCUCGGAGGUGUGUUUAAAAAUGCAUCUUACAAGAUAUAGAUUGAGUCUAACCUGGAGCCCAGAGAGGUUGUUCAUGUUGAAUAAUUCGAUGUUUUGAUAUUGCCGAUAAACCACCCUUUGAGAAACACUGUUUUAAAGUCCUUAGCCUGGCAUGCAAGAUUUGGAUGAUCUGUUCCCAGCUUAUUUAUUUGCAUAUGUUCCCCUAUGUGAAAAUUGCCCUGGCUGCAAUUGUUUACUGUUUCCUAAUACGUACACAACAAACCCAUCUUUAAGCCAUUGUGGCUAAAAGUGCUUUAUAAAUAGAAAAUGGUAAUAUGCCAUUGUUCUUCCAUGGCAUUUUUUCUAUUUCCACUUUGUCCAAAUCCUGAAGAUUCAACUCUUCUUUUUCAUGAAGUCUUCCCUGACCAAUUUCAGAAGUUUGAGUGCUUUUCCUUCUAUGGCCCUGAGCACUCAUGUGUAACCUUUCAGCAUUUCCUGCAUUGUUGAGUUUUUUUGUGUGUGUGAGUAAUCUCAAAUUGUCCAUUAUUUGUUGGCAGGGAUUUUGCCAUACAUAAUUUACAGGACCUGCGGAAAUAACAAUGAAUGUCCAUAGACUCAGUCUUCGCUAUUUUUUUAGGACUAUAGUGGAAAAUUCACCGGACGUUCAGUGAAUAUUCUUAGAAAUUAAAUCUUUUCAUCUUGUUCACUCUGUCCCUGGCCUUUUAUAAUUCUAUAUACUUUGUUUAUAUAAUAUCUUAGCCUUUGUUACAGAUUGAAGAGAUCCUCCUCUUUGUAGUUUAUCCUCAUGGUAUUCACCCCAUGUUUGUUAUUCUAUUGAUGUUUAUGGAUUAUCAGCAGAUCUAAUUUCAUGCACUAUUCCAGUUAGAGAUUAUUCAUGCUUUUUUCUGACAGAAAUAUUUUGGACUUUUUUGGCAAGGAUGCUUUACAGAAUUAAACAAAAUGCCUUUAAGAGUAUGGUAUUUUCCAGCUUGAUCUCUCCCUGACAGGUCCAAGGCAAUUAAUCAGAUCUUUGAUCUAGACCCACAGUCUUACCUUAAUAUCCCGAUUUGUUUCUUCAAUGGAUAGAACUAAAACUGACACUGGGGAAGGGGAAAGGGGGUGCCUGCAUCUCAGCCUGGGUUUGAUGCCAGCUCUGUUGAGUAGCAGUUUUAGAGAUGUUUCUCUUUAUAUCUGCCUAAACCAGCCCCCUGGGAAAAAGAAUGACAGCAUAUUCUGGGGGAAAGAGAGGGGUUGGUGAGGACAAUCUAGUCAACAUCUGUCACUCCAUUGCUUGUCAGGAUUAUUUUAGCUGAUUUGUCUGACUGGGCAGGUGUCCCCUCUCUCCCUCAGUGCUCCAUGUGCAUCCCUUUUGAAGCUUCGCACUCUGUUGAAGAGGACACUCAACCCAGGUAGAGAGGGGGGCGGGAAACUGGGCCAAUUGAAAGUAUGUCCUUUUCUUUCCAUCAGGUCAAGGGAUCCAUUGACUUCCUGAGGUCCAUGAUCUCUGAAAUUCCUUGCCAAGUUUUGUUUAUGCGUUGAUGCAUUUCUUCGGGGAGAGGGUCCGUUUCUUUCAUCAGAUUUUUCGAAGGGAUCUGUAGAUUCAAAAGUUAAGCACUCUGGCACUAAAUGUAGACUUCUGUAUGUUGCAAGCAAGUAUAACAGGAAAUCAGAAAUGCAAAGGGAAGUAGGGUGGUGGGUCUCUUAUAAUCCUAGGCAAGCAAUUACAAGAUCCCUUUCUCAUUUGAGGGAGAUAUAUUUUAGAUGUCUUUGGCACCUGAAGCAACCUUCAAAAGCUAUUCUGUCUAUUUUUUCAAAGGAACAUCCGGAAGCUAGGAGAGGAGAUGGGAGAGGUGAUGUAUGUGAUAAAAUUGACCCAUAUAAUCAGAAUUAGAAUCUGCUCUACAACCCUGGCAAAUCUUUUUCCUUCUAGGGAAUCAAUCACUUGUAAGAUGAAAGAUCUGGAGUACAUUUAAGAUUCCUUCUAGAGCUAAUACACCACCUUUCAUGAAAGAAUUCUCUGUGUGCCUGGGAUAUCUAAAAUUCACUUAGAUUAAAAGAGAAAGGAAUCCUGUUUUGCCUGCCUGUAAUUGUGUGUGUCCCUGUGAGUAAAGAAAGCUUAGUUGCAGAUGCAUAUAUCGCAAGACAUGAUUUUCAGAAGAGCAGUUUUGUGAAUUUUUGGUUUUAAUUUUCUCUGGAAGGCAAAGGAACGCUUAAGUAAACACUGAACACAAUUGAAUGAUUUGGCUCAAGCUUUGUUCCUUGAUGUGAGGUGCUUGACAGCAGUCUAUAUAAUAAACAUGAACCCGUUUGUUUAUUGGUUAAAGUAAAAUUCUUAAGUUUUAUGAUAAGUAUAAAUUCUAAUUCAUCAAUUUGAAUUUUUUCUUUUACUGUGUUAGCUGUUUAAACCAGGAAUUCUUGAGAAUAUUUUGUUUGAACCACAUUAUUCUAACGGUGAAGAGAAUAAUUUCAAGUCUGUUAAUGUGUUUGCAGUCAUUAUUUAGAAGCAAGGUCCUUAAAUGAGAGAGAUUAUCGGGACCGGAGAUACGUUGAUGAAUACAGAAAUGAUUACUGCGAAAGAUAUAUUCCUAGACAUUAUCAUAGAGACGUUGAAAGCCAUUACCGAAUCCACUGCAGUAAAUCUUCAGUCCGAAGCAGGAAAAGCAGUCCUAAAAGGAAGCGUAAUAGACACUGUUCAAGUCAUCAGUCACAUUCGAUGAAAUCGUGGACACUUUGGGUGAAGGGGCCUUUGGUAAAGUUGUAGAGUGCAUUGAUCAUGGCAUGGAUGGCAUGCAUGUAGCAGUGAAAAUUGUAAAAAAUGUAGGUCGAUACCGUGAAGCAGCUCGUUCAGAAAUCCAAGUAUUGGAGCAUUUAAAUACUACUGAUCCCAAUAGCGUCUUCCGAUGUGUCCAGAUGCUAGAAUGGUUUGAUCAUCAUGGUCAUGUUUGUAUUGUGUUUGAACUGCUGGGACUUAGUACCUAUGAUUUCAUUAAAGAAAACAGCUUUCUGCCAUUUCAGAUUGACCACAUCAGGCAGAUGGCGUACCAGAUCUGCCAGUCAAUAAACUUUUUACAUCAUAAUAAAUUAACCCAUACAGAUCUGAAGCCUGAAAAUAUUUUAUUUGUGAAGUCUGACUAUGUAGUCAAAUAUAAUUCUAAAAUGAAACGGGAUGAACGCACACUGAAAAACACAGAUAUCAAAGUGGUGGACUUUGGAAGUGCAACAUAUGAUGAUGAGCAUCAUAGUACGUUGGUAUCGACGCGGCAUUACAGAGCUCCAGAGGUCAUUUUGGCUUUAGGUUGGUCUCAGCCUUGUGAUGUUUGGAGCAUAGGUUGUAUUCUUAUUGAAUAUUACCUUGGUUUCACAGUCUUUCAGACUCAUGAUAGUAAAGAGCACCUAGCAAUGAUGGAACGAAUAUUAGGACCCAUACCAACGCACAUGAUUCAGAAAACAAGAAAACGCAAGUAUUUUCACCAUAACCAGCUAGAUUGGGAUGAACAUAGUUCCGCUGGUAGAUAUGUUAGGAGACGCUGCAAACCAUUAAAGGAGUUUAUGCUUUGUCAUGAUGAAGAACAUGAGAAACUGUUUGACCUGGUGCGAAGAAUGUUAGAAUAUGAUCCAGUGAAAAGAAUUACCUUAGACGAAGCAUUGCAGCAUCCUUUCUUUGACUUAUUAAAAAAGAAGUGAACUGGAAAUCAGUAGUCUUACUGUAUACUUCUCUAGAAGAGAUUGCUUAAGACUGUGUCAGUCAACUCUAUAAACAUUCUAGUAUUUUUGUAAACAUUAAAUUAUUUUGUACAGUUAAGUGUAAAUCCUGUAUGUUUUGUAUCAAUAGCAUAAUUACCUUAUUAAGCAAGUAUGGUCUUGAUAAUGAAUGAAAUAUAAAAGUUAAUUUUUCUUUUUGAGAUUAAUUACCAUUUUUAAAGAACUUUGGAACAUCCUUUGUGUCCAGUGAUAAAUGUGAUUGAUCUUGUCUUUUGUACAUGGAGGUUGAAUCUUUGAAGUGAUUUUUUUUUUUUUGAGUAAAAGGAAAUCUUGACUACUUUAUUCUUAAUGAAUAUUCUUUAUAUACCUCAAAUUCAGAACUUUUCUUAACUUUUAAUUUUUUUUCUGUAAUUAUUGAACAGUAAUAAGUAUUAUUAACUCUGUAGGCAGGUAUUGGAAACCAGAACCCUUAAUAAGAAAUGUUUACUGUUGGCAUUUCAUUAAAUUGUUAAGUGUGUGUGCUGUCUCCGCGGGUGAUGUCAUUAAGAAGCAGCCUUCAUGGGAAGCCAUCCAGUUUGUCAUGACAGGUUUCAUAAAACCACGUACACACUUCAUUUCAGAUUAAAGGACCUUAACUAGAAAGCUUGCAAAGUCCUAUUUUUUAAGAGCUAUUGAGUGAGUCACAGAGAAACACAUUCUGAUGAAGUUCUAGUUUUUAAUGCCAAAUCUUGAGUUUUGAAAAUGUCUCAUCUGUUUCCUAUAAAUAAGUACUUAAGCUGUAGCCUAUGAGAAUUAAGGUUAUUGUUAAGCAAUUUAUAUUUGUGGUAAUCUUUACUGGAGAAAAAGAAUGAUUUGAUUGGAAAACACUUUGGGAAGAAACAUGCAGGAAUUUCCAGACCCUAAUUGAUUGUUUAACACGAUGAACUUUUUGUUUGCCUAUAGGAUUUUUUCUGUUAAUCUGUUUUCACAUUAAAAACUACAUGGUAAAUGAUAAUUUAUUAAAACAAAAACAAAAAACCAAUCUUUUGGUACUAUUUAGUCUGCCAGGUAGAAAUAUUUUUGUUGUUGAAUUCAUAAUUAUUGAGCUACAGAUUGUUUUUUCUUUUUGUUAAAAGUAUCCCCAUUUCGUAAGAGCAUUACACAGAUUUGAGUUUUAUCUGUUUGUGUAUUUUAAACAUAAAAUGCAUGGAAUUUUCUUGUAUGACAAAUAGGCUGGGCUCCCUACAUUAUUCACAGGCGGCAUUUGCCAAUACAGUAAGGCUAUGUCCUAAAGUUGACUGAAAUAAAUUUUACCACAGGAUCACUGCAUAAAUUAUGCUUAGGCCUCUGAUGCGGUCUACAUAAAAUGAACGUGUCUUCUGAGUAGUUACACUGUAUUAUAUGUGGUAAGUUUUUUAAAGGAGUAUUUGAUGUAAAGAAAAUGUUUUUCUUGAACAUUUUUCCAGUGUUGCUACAGAGAUUAAGAUGUCGGCCACCCUUUAUCUUCCCCUCCAUUUCUGUCCUUCCAGUGCCCUUAUUCUCAGCCUCUUGUCCGUUCCCUACAAGCACUUUGAGUUCCAAAUUAAUGUUUACUUUCUCCAUCAGAAACUCAGAGUAGCUGAUCUCAGAAUUUAGAAAGAAAAAUAUCCAUAUUAUUUCUUACUAAGGAGUUAAUGAUUGCUAACCCCUUUCCCUUCUGAAAAGUAUUUACAUUUCUUCAAAAAGGGGAUUUACUAAUUCUUAGGCCUAAUUCAUGGAAUUUUAGGAAUUAAAACGAAUUUUGAUAGAUUAAGCAUGGUAGAAGUGUUCGGUGGUUAGGGUGGUACCUGGGAUCGUUUGAUGAGUGUCUACUGCCAAACAUCCGCUCCCUCUGAGCUCUGAGGUUCCUGGCCUUUUUCCUUGUACUUAUGAAGUAAUUUUCUGGAAGUGCCAGGUGUUUAUUUGACAGUGCUGGGAGCUUCAGCACUAACGGGAAAGAUUUAGAAUGGCCAAUGUAUAAAUAUGGGUUGUUUGUAAUCAGAUUUUUUGUUUUGUAAUAAUUUGCUACCUCAUAGUUCUUUUAUUUCUAGAAAUUCUAAUGAAGUCAAACUUGUUUUUUUAAUUGAAGCAUACUUGAUAUUAUAAUAUUUCAGGUGCACAGCAUGAUCAUUUGAUAUUUGUAUAUAUUGCCAAAUGACCACCACAAUAAGUCUAGUAACAACCAUUGCCAUAUAUAGUUACAAAUCUUCUGUGAUGAGAACUUUUAAGAUCUACUCUCUUAGCAACUUUCAGAUACACAAUGCCAUAUUUACUAUAGUUGGGUUGCCAUGCUGUAUGUACAUUACAUCCCCAGGACUUAUUUAUAACUGGAAGUUUGUACCUUUUGAUCCUCUUCACCCAUCUCACCGCCCCCCACCCCCAGCCUCUGUCAACCACCACCAAUCUGCUGUCUAUGAGAUUCAGUUUUGUUUUGUUUUAGAUUCUACAUAUAUAAAUGAGGUCAUAGGGGAUUUGUGUCUCUGCCUGACUGACUUCACUUAGCAUGAUGCCCUCAGGAUCCGUCCAUCCACAAAUGGCAAGAUUUCAUUUUUAUGGCUGAAUAAUAUUCCAUUGCGUUUAUAU